UGACAACUAUAUGUUUGAUAGAUACCCCAUUUUUAGCUCUCUCUCUUUCUCUCUCUCUCAUUUUUAGGGCUUUCUCUCUCCUCUCUCUCUUUCUCAUAGGUUUCUCUCUCCUCUCUCCUCUCUCUUUCUUUCUUUCUUUCUCUCUCUCUCUCUCUCUAUCUCACAGGUUUCUCUCUCCUCUCUCCUCUCUCUCUCCAGAAGGGCAAAACCCUAAAGAGCCGUUUACACCCACCUAACUUUCAUGGAUGACGAUGCGUUGAACAUGCGAAACUGGGGUUAUUAUGAACCAUCUUUCAAAGGCCAUCUUGGCCUGCAGCUCAUGUCAAGCAUGGCAGAGCGUGACACAAAAGCUUUUCUACCUGGACGUGAUCCUACCGUCAUGGUUAGCGCCAAUGCUACCUUUCAUCCACGGGAUUGUGUUGUAUCGGAUGCUCCUGUCCCAAUGAACUAUGUGAGGGACAGCUGGGUUAACCAGAGAGAUAAGUUUCUCAACAUGUUGCCUGCGAAUCCCAACUAUGGUGUUAUUCCGGAGACGUCGGGAGCUCACUCGUUGCAGAUGCUACAGCCACCUGAUACGUCAAGGGAUGAGAGGGUGGGAAGAAUUGAAGAGCCUGUUGUUAACAAGGAAAGUGGCCCAUCAAAGAAAAGACAGAAUGGAGGUGCUUCAAAAGCCCCAAAAGUGAAAAAACCGAGGAAGUCUAAGGAUAAUAACAAUGCUUCGGUUCCUCGUGUGAAGCCAGCAAAGAAGAGUAUGGAUGUUGUCAUAAAUGGGAUUGAUAUGGACAUUUCAGGCAUUCCAAUUCCAGUUUGCUCAUGCACCGGGACUCCGCAGCAGUGUUAUAGGUGGGGCUGUGGAGGUUGGCAAUCAGCUUGUUGCACAACAAAUAUUUCAGUGUAUCCUUUGCCAAUGAGCACCAAAAGGCGUGGUGCUAGGAUAGCUGGAAGAAAAAUGAGCCAAGGUGCUUUUAAGAAGGUAUUAGAGAAACUUGCAGCUGAAGGUUAUAAUUUUGCUACCCCGAUUGAUCUGAGGACUCACUGGGCGAGACAUGGUACCAACAAGUUCGUCACUAUCAGGUAGAUUUACAUUGUUGGUACCUUUAGUGGGAGACUUCAAUUGCAUUCGGUCUGUUUCCCCUGUAUAUAUAUAUCUAUGGCCUUUUGCAGAGAUCAUUCUGAUACUUUGUAGUCGUUGAAUUUUCAGUCAUGACUGAUGAUACUUGUUUUUGAAAUUUGGAAUGGUUCUUUUGUUAAAUUUUUAUUUCGGCUUAUGAUAAGGGUUGACUCUUAUGGCCACCAAGACUUAUGUGGAUGAGUUCUCAUUUAUUGGAUUGAUUUUGGAUAAUAUUCAUCCUACCAUUAA